AUGGCGGUCAUCACUACCCAGGAGCUCCACAUGUUCCACACAAAGGAACGAAACCUUCUGGUUUAUCUCAUCUGCAUUCUGGGUCGCGACCCGAUCCAGUCCAUCCUCGCCAUUUCCCUCUGGCUCUGGCUCGAGCACGUUGCUCGCCCCAACCUCGUCCCUGAAAUCACCCUUCUCAACCCCUCACUUAUCAACGCCUUGUUCAACGAGGCCAUUCUCUGUCUUCAGUGUCUGGAAUACUCCGACGCCGACGAGCCUCUCUCUUACAGCUCCACCAUCCCCCUCACCGCAACCAUCACCCACAUGAACCUCACUAUGCUUGUCUUUAACCGUCGACGAUUUACCAUCAUCGCCGGGAUUAAAAGCAUUAUCAGCAACAUCUGUUGCAAGAUCUUUAACGAUAUCUUGUCGCAUGUGUAUGGCAUCGCUGGCACCAGCUCGAGUGGUCCGCCGACCCCCGUGAUGGUGCCGGGCUUUCCGCACUCCGUGUACGGACCUUUCAUGCCGAAGAGGCCGGAGUGGGAUUUUCGGGACGAGAGGUUAUGGUGUGACCGGUGGUGGAGACCGUCCAGUGACGUUUGGGAAGAGGACAAGACCAUGUUCCUGACGUUUUCUAAAGGCUUCCCGGUGACGCAGGAAGAGGUUUCGCAUCUGUUCAUGACCGUGUUUGGGGAGAAAAGCGUGAUUUACAUAUUCAUGGGAAAUAUGUCGGAGGAGGAGCGUGCGCCGCAAGAGGAGGCUCUGUACGCCACCAUGCUGGUGGAUAGCGUGGAGACGGUGGAUCGGAUUCUGGUGGGAAGGAGGCUGGCCAAGUAUAAGAUCAAUGGGAAGGAUAUCUGGGCUCGUAAGUACGAGCGGCGUGGGUAG